AUGAGUCUCGAUAACCCUACAAUAUGCACUUACGUGAUACCGGACGAGCUUGCCAAAUACUACACCAGUGAAGACCGUGACCAACUCCGGCUGGAUAUUCCUAUCCCACUCCCUGAAUAUUCGGACGUGGACGAAUACCUGGCAGUUUUUGGUUCGAGAGGGCUCUUCGACUACGUGAAUGAAGUGGAGCUACGCAAAGAUAUGCGCCGUUUCAUAUAUGACGAAACUGUGAGAAUACAAGAUGAACGGGAUGAUGCUUUGAUUUUGAAAGCUCUCGAGACAGGAUUUGAGCUGCCUGACAUCGAUCCUGAUCCACACCCUGUUUUGGAUCAAGCUGAGGUAUUUGCCAACAAGUUCUCCCACAUAAUGCGUAAUUCUCCGUCGGAAGAGUUGGCAGAGCUGAUGCGAAGGCAGAUUGCUAUGAUGAAUGAGAUGAGUCAAGUUAUCCGCGUCCGCAACUGGGACGUUGCGCAGCUGACGAGUAAAUGUGAAAACGCCGUCAACGAUGCUUCACACAACACUGACGUUCAUCCGCAUGAGCUCAGCAAUCUCAACGAGAAAUUGAGGAAUCUUCAUGUUUCUUAUGCAUGUCAAGUUGAGCUGCUUGCUGAGAAGCAGCGGAAGGAGUUCAGGGAUAUGGUUGACGCUUUGUACAAUGGAGGCAGCAUCAAGGAUGGAUCCAGCAAAUCUGCAGAAGCUGCGGAAAUGAGACGUCCUACUCAGAAAUCAGAGAGUGAAGAACCUGGUAUAAACGAAUGCUAUACAAUUUAUCUAGGAGCGCAAUUGAAAUCUAUGCAUAAUGUUCGGUUAUUGACUGCGAAGUCAAUGGUGGAUCUCUGUACACCGCUAAAGGGGACUGAUGUGGGUUCAUUGUUACAAAUGUCCAUUUCUUUGUACGGACGACUGCUCAGCGCUACGAUACUGCUGGUGCCUCGAGAUCCACUAUAUCACUGUAGCGACGGUUCU